AUGACCUUUGACCAAACGAACGAGCACAAAUCACCCCCCUCCGAAACAGUAGCUCUUCAUUCCAUACGAGAUGUUGUUUUGUCAUCAUCGCCAUCAUCAUCUCUUGAUAAUGAUCAAUGCACCACCACCACGACGGCGGUGAUGAACUAUGGUGGGUAUUUAUAUUUCUGUAAACUCGGGGUGGAUGAGAGAUGGACUCUCUUGAGCGAAGGCAAUUGCCACUACUGUUGUGACCUUAUAUAUUUCAGCAAAGAUGGACGUUUUUAUGCCUCGGGAAACCAGUACGAAUAUCAUCAACUCGAAGCUUGGGAUCUCACUGAUCAUUCCUGUCCUAAACAUCAACUCAUUGACCCCACCUUCUCUAGUCCACGGACGAUCCCCGAAAUGAUAGAUUACUAUAAGUCUUUUAAUUAUUGGCAAGUUUCUUUUGUGAAAUAUUUGGUGGAAUCCUCGGGGGAUCUUCUACUGGUUUUCAGGAUUUUUAAUACAGAGUUUGUUCCGGGGGGAAAAGAAAACGAUUCCUAUAGCUCGCCAAAGUUUCACAGGACCUUGAGAUUUGUUGUUCAUAAGUUGAAUUUUAAGCUGAAUAAGUGGGAACAUGUAGAAUGCUUAGAUGAUCGCUCAUUAUUUGUGGGUUAUAAUCAUUCGUUCUCUCUUUCAACACGUGAUUAUCCAGAGCUCAGGGGGAGAAUUGGCUCUCAUGUGUAA